GCAGGCGCAGUGGCCGGACGACGGACCGUGUGUUUCCAAAAUGGCGGCAGCGAUGGAUGUGGAUACCCCGAGCGGCACCAACAGCGGCGCGGGCAAGAAGCGCUUUGAAGUGAAAAAGUGGAAUGCGGUAGCCCUCUGGGCCUGGGAUAUUGUGGUUGAUAACUGUGCCAUCUGCAGGAACCACAUUAUGGAUCUUUGCAUAGAAUGUCAAGCGAACCAGGCAUCUGCUACUUCUGAAGAGUGCACCGUUGCGUGGGGAGUCUGUAAUCAUGCUUUUCACUUCCACUGCAUCUCUCGCUGGCUCAAAACACGGCAGGUGUGUCCAUUGGACAACAGAGAGUGGGAAUUCCAAAAGUAUGGGCACUAGAAAAAGAGAAUUCUUCCAUCAAGCUCAGCCGUUUUGUUAUUCAUUUAAUGACUUGCCUUCCUGUUAAUUAUAAGUUAGAUAGAACCGUGUCUUUUCUGCUUUGUCUUUUCAGUUUGCUCUUCCUGCAGCCAUAUUGUAUUCUGUGUCAAAUAAAAUCCAGUUGGAUUCUAGAAC